ACAGUUACAUCCUGGGUCGACACUGCUCCUCCGUCACUCUUUCUGACCCCUCUCUCUCUCAGGUUUGUCCCCGUCCAGUCUGUCGUGAUCCGGACCAGGGACCAGCUUUUGGACUCAGAUUUAGAAGAUUUUGGACAGUGAAAAGAGACACCAUGUUUUUAAAAGUGGUUUUACUUUUGGCCAUCACUGGUCUGAGCUCCAGUGCCAUUCAGCGCCCAGACUACGAUGACACCCCCCACCCUGAGUUCCUGAACCCCUCGUGGAUGUCCCAGCUCCCUGAUGCCCAGCCGCUGUCUGAAGUCACCAUGCCCGGCACCCACAACACCAUGGCGCUGUUCGGAGGGAUCUAUGCCGAGUGCCAAACCUGGAGUCUGGCCUCACAGCUGCGGGCCGGGGUGCGCUUCCUGGACAUCAGAGUUCGCCACGUUAAUGGCAACCUCACCAUCCACCACGGGGUCUCAUACCAGCGGGCACAUUUUGGGCACGUUCUGGAGGGAGUGGUGGACUUCCUCACAGAGUUUCCCACAGAGACGGUGCUGAUGAGGGUGAAGGAGGAGUUCAGUGAAACCAAUGACAUCUAUGGUGCGGUGGUGGAUUAUAUUCACCGCUAUGCCCAUUGGGACCUGCUCUGGCACAGCCGCUUGGUGCCCACACUGGGGGAGGUGCGGGGCAAAAUCAUCAUUAUGCAAGACUUCUCUGGCCCAGACCUGGGCAUGCGCUACUGGUCCAUGGACAUAGCAGAUGAUUGGAAGGUGCCCACUCUGCUGCACGUGAAGGAGAAGUGGCAGAGCGUCCAUAACCACCUGGAGGCUGCUCCGGGGGGAAACCUGGCGCGGAUCUACCUCACCUUCAGCAGUGGGGCGGGGCUGUUCGCAUUCCCCAGAGCUGUAGCCCAAAGAGUCAACCUCCAGCUAUACGAAUAUCUCCAGGCCAAAACCAACCUCAACCAGCGUCUGGGCAUCAUCUGCAUGGACUUCCCUGCUGCACCCAUGAUUCAGACCAUCAUUGAAUUUCAGCUUAGAAAAGAGUUUAGCUCAGUGCCUCCUGUGGUCACUUUGAAGAAUACAAUUGAAAGCAUCAGGCAUAAAAUUAUCACAAAAAAUGUAGCUUGAAAUAAAAAGAAGCCUAAGAUACAGAUAUGGACUUAUUUAUUAAAAAGUUGUUAUCAAAUAUUUAAUCUUUACUCACUAUUACAUUAAAGGUGCACUGCGCAACUUUUCCGGUGAAUGGUCCGUCACCUACUUGUCUCC